AUGGAAGAUAAUAAAUGUGAUAACUCCUAUUCAACGAAAAAUAAGGUUACCGAAUUGUUAAAAUCACCAUAUGUAAAAUAUGGAACUUCAGAAAUUUUUUCUAAUGCCUCUAUGCAUUUUGAAAAACCAACACGAGAAGAAAAUAAAAAAUACCACAUUGAAUACUUAAAGGAUGGAACAGCUAUAUACUAUAAGCGAAAACCAGGAUAUAUAAAAAACUUCUUUUGUUGCUAUUAA